AUGCGUGGGUUCAAUAAGCCACGCAAACACGAGGCACUAAAGAAAUGGAUUUUGGCUUCUAAGCCGCUUUUUGGAUGUCUUUUGGAAACUCGGGUUACUCAAGAGGAACACUCGGGUAUUCUAAGUUCAUCACUUCCAGGACGGAAAGCUAUUACGAAUUACGAUUAUCAUAGACUAGGUCGCAUUUGGGUUUGUUGGACAGAAGGAGUUGAGAUCACCUUGCUGUUUAAGAGUGCUCAGGAUAUAACGUGUGCAGUAAAAGUCUCCCAAUCUACUACUAGUUUCCUCUUUUCGGCUGUGUACGCUACCAACUUUGUUUCUGAUAGAACGGUAUUGUGGGAUGAAAUCAGGGCUACACAAGCUGCUUAUAGUCACCUCUCCAUUCCAUGGGAGAUUACAACGAAAUCUUGUCCUCAAGUGAACACUCUCGUGCUUUGGACUAUCGGAUAG